CUUGCGUUUUCCAUGUAUAAUCCUGAGAAAAUCUUGCAAGCUGGCUGUUUCGAAAGUACAGUUUUUAGUUAUCUUGUGUAUGUUUGUAGACGGUAUAAUUGUGUUAAGAAGUGUAUAUUCAAUCAUCGAUUGGUUCUUUUGAAGAUCACACACGCUUGUAGGAUUAGAGUUCCGAUGAUAUAUUGAGCAUAAAAAGGGCAUGAAUAUUUUUUCUUUUGCUCCUUAACUUCUCUUUCUUUCUUUUUCCCUCAAGAAAAUAAAAUGCCUUUCACUUUGAAGCCUAUUGAACCCACAGCCCGACAAUCUGGUGUUGACUUUGGUGCUAUUAUUGAAGACAUUGACUUGGAAGCUAUUUCUCCUGAAGAUUUUGAUAAACUAUUUGAAGCUGUGUAUACAUAUCAAGUUGUUUGUGUUAGAAAUCAGGGCCAUGUCAGACCCCAAACACAAUACGAAUUAACAAAGCGCUUUGAUCCACAAAACAUUGAUCUUUAUGGUCAUGGCUCCAUGCAUCGUGCGAACCAGUCUGUCAUUGCUCGUGAUAUUUCACCUUUACCUGAAGUGCCUCAAGUUCAGUUGUUAGGAAACGGUGUUGUUAAGAACCACUUUGGCAUUGAGGAGCGCAAAUUAACUCACCCUAGUCACACUGUAUUUCAUAAAGAUUGUUUGACAAAGGAGCAAAUGGAUGCUGGUCAAACCCGCUUUUAUCGUUGGCAUAUGGAUGCUGCUCUGUACAAACUCAAUCCUCCUAAAAUAACCACCUUAUUUGGUCGUAAGAAUCCUGAAUCCAGACGAGAAAUUGUUCGAUACGAUGAUGGCACAGAUGAUCAGCUUGAAGUUCAAUUGGGCACUACUGCAUUCAUUUCUGGCCAAAAAGCCUUUGAAAUCUUACCCCAAGACCUUAAGGAACUCGCAUUUAAGACUCAAGUCAAGUAUGCUGCACACCCUUAUUUAUGGAUGUCUAAAGCCAAAGCCCGUUCUACUGGCCUGGGUAUGGUCUCUGAAGGUAAAGAACUCAGCAAAGAAGAAUUACCUGAAAUCAACGAAGAAGACAUCAAGGUUUAUCCAAUGUUGUGGAAGAACCCCGUGACAGGUAAAAUCCAUUUCCAAGUUCAUCCCGCUGCCGUUGAAGAUUUGAUAAUCGAUGGCAAACCAAUGAAUGACCUAGAAAAAGUAAGAGAUUUGUUAUACAAGAUGCAACGACCAGCCAUUAGUCCUGAAAACGUCUAUGCUCAUGAAUGGAAGGAUGGUGAUUUUGUUAUUUUCCAUAACCGUGGUGUUCUUCAUUCAGUCGUCGGUUCACUUAAGGAUACUGAUGAAAGAGUGUUUCAUCAAUGUAACAUUGCAAGUGCAGAUGCACCUAUUCCAGUCACUCAAGAAGAUUUCGCGCCUUAUUUAACACAAGCUUCGGCUUAAAUAAACUUAAUUGUCUGUUUAUGUAAUAUUU